UACCCUUUAUCUUUUCAAGCAACUAUUUGAAAAACUGCACGUCGGGACAGGUUUAUACCCCUACAGAUUCAUCACUCAGGUUGCACUCAGGAAGAAACAGUGACACAAAGAUCUCUGGGACUCCUUUCUUGCAUCAAUAGCCUCUUCAUCCAAACUAUAGAGGAUAAUUUUUUUCCCCAACAUGUCUAAGCAGACAACCCAGUCCUACCCUGAAGAGGCCUACCGGGCUCUGAUGAGAGGCAUUAAUGAGCUGGAUCUUCAGCACUCCAGUGUUCCUUGUAACUUGGUGCUGACAGGAGAUGCCUUUCCUUUAGUAAUAAACAGCCACGGUCACAUCCUAGCGGCUGCUUCAGUGUAUGGCCGAGGAAGAAUUGUGGUCCUGAGCCAUGAGACCUACCUGACCCUCUGUCCUGCUCUGGUAGAGAAUGCUCUGGCCUGGCUGGGAGGAGGGUCUGCAAACCUGUCUGUGGGAGUGCAGAAAAAAAGACAGGCAGUGGCAGAUAACCUCAACAGAUCCAGCUACAAAGUCAGUCUUAUGGAUGACUUUGAUAAAGAUCAUGGGGUCAGUGUGUAUGUGACAGAUGCCUACGAAGUGGGUGCAAAGGCAGGAGAGCUGAUAGCCUUCAUGAAAGCAGGGGGAGGGUUGCUGAUUGGGGGUCAAGCUUGGCAUUGGGCUUCACAGAACGAGAAUGAAAACCUAAUCCUUGAGUUUCCAGGGAAUAAAGUAGCAGGAGUGGCCGGGAUCCAUUUUUCUGCUAAGUAUGGAAAAGCAGAAAAACUGCCCAUUUAUCCUGAGAUCCCAUCCUCUUGGAAAGCUAUAGAUUGUAGGAUGGACUUCAAAGAAGACCUGGAGUUCUUGCUGAAAGGGAUUUCAGAUUUUGACAUUCAGGGAGAAGGAGUUCCCUCUGGAGCUUUGGUCCAUGGCCGUCUUGCAUUUCCCAUUUGUACCACAGAUAAAGAAGAGGUGUUCCUGGCAGGAACCUACUACGGGCGGGGACGGGUCAUUUUGAUGACUCAUGAGGUUUUUCUGCAAUACAAGAAACUGGCAUCAUUUUGGAAGAAUGCGUGUGAUUGGUUGGACCAAGGCAGAAGAGGGAUAGUUGGGUUUGAACGAGGUGUUAAACCUUUACCUAAAUUAGGGUUGACAUGUAAGACGACAGAGUUAAACCAGGAUCUCAGUGUCUUUGUCUGCAAAGCAUACAGUAACAUUGAUCCUGAGAGGAUCCAAAACUUUGUGGCUGAAGGAGGAGGCCUGCUGAUUGGUGGACAUGCCUGGUAUUGGGCAUCGACACAUCAGGGGGGAAACCCCAUGCAUGACUUCUCAGGAAACAAGAUCUUGAACAAAAUGGGCUUGAGCUUGUUGAAAGAAACAAUAACAGCAGGUGUCUACAAAGCUCCCGAUCCAAGCCAGGUCAACAGCUUCCACUUCCGUCAUCUUCUGCAUCGCUUAGCUGAUCAUGUUCUAGAGAAUGGAGAACUCACCAAGCAAGAUGAGGAGCACCUUAAGAAACUGGGAGCAGAUUGUGCCUCAUUCUUAAUGAUGAAGGCUUAUGACAGGUUCUCCUACAUGGAGAUUCUGUCCCUUCUGACUGACAUCCUGAAGAAGCAGGGCGUCUCAGAGGUGAGUGAGCAGAAGCCCGCAAAGAGUCCCAAAGAGCACAUGGUCCUCAGCCUGGCAACAAAUAUGUACGACAUUUCCCUAAAUCAGCAAGAGCUUCUGCCCUACAUUAUCAAGGAUAACCCACCACUACCUGUGGUCAAGAACCAAAGGAUCAAGAUCACUGCUCAAACAGGAGAACAUGAGGAAUGGAUCAGUACAGGCUUGUACCUUUCUCCUGCCAUGAAGACAGAAAUUAUCUUCCCGCCAAAACUUGUCAACAGGAGAUGGAUGAUCCAGAUAGGCUGCCAAAGUGAUGCGCUGCACAAGGAGGAGUUAUGGAGAGCACCAUACGUCAUCAAAAGGUUCCCUGUUACAUCAGAGAAGAUGCAGGUGUGGAACUUGUGGGGGGGACUCAUCUAUCUGAUGGCUCCAUGCGAUGUAAAGGUGGACGAUGAAGAGGUUGUGGUUCAAAAGGCUGUGUCUGCUCCCUAUUACAAGUCUGGUGUAACAAAGCCAGCUGAUUGGUCCUCUCUGCGCAAAGCUCCGGCACCGUGGGCAGAGAUGGAGUUUGACAACAUCAUCCUCACCGUACCGUCACACAUCAUUCGUGAACUGGAGAGGCCUCAGGAGGUGGAAAAACUCUGGAAUGGUAUAAUGGGGGGUGUUGCAGAUCUGGCUGUCAUCCCAAGAAUAUUCAUCCGCAAGGAACGUAUCGUGGCUGAUGUGCAGAUUUCUGCAGGUUGGAUGCAUUCAGGUUAUCCGAUUAUGAUGCACUCUUCUAUCGGAGCUGAGCUGUUCAAACCAGAAGAUGCCCGGACCAAAGGUCUGUGGGGGGAAAUCCAUGAGCUAGGACAUAAUCAACAGAAAAGCUGCUGGGAGUUUCAGCCGCACACUACAGAGGCCACAUGUAACCUGUGGUCAGUGUAUGUGCAUGAGGAGGUGCUGGGACUCAACAGAGCUAAGGCUCAUCCUGCGAUGACCCCUGCGAGUCGGAAGGAAUGUGUAGAGAAGUAUGUUGAAGGAGGCAGGAAGCUCAGCGACUGGAAAGUUUGGACUGCCCUGGAGACAUACUUACAGCUCCAGGAAAGGUUUGGCUGGGCUGCCUUCAAGAAGGUGUUUGCCGACUACCACGACAUGAGCAACUGUCCCAGUGACAACGAUGAGAAGAUGAACCUAUAUGCUGAGACUUUCUCCAAAGCUGUGAACAUGAAUCUAAGUGGAUACUUUAAAGCCUGGGGAUGGCCCAUCGAACAAGCUACUGAGAAGAAGCUCUCCAAACUGCCUCCCUGGACCGAUCACCCCAUGGCCCAGUAUUCCUAAACCUCCCACUAGAUCAGGUUUAUAAUAUACUGACCAGGUUUACUUGACAAUAGGCAUAGUUAGUCUUUUCUUGCCAUUGUAAUUAUGGAAAUGUUGACAGAGAACAUGUGUAUUCUAAUCAAGAAAUGCGUUUGGGUUUUGUUUUAAAAGGUGAUGUGACUUUUCUUGGAGAAAAUGGAAACAGAAGUGUUAGCUUGUUGUUAACCGAGGAGUAAAUUCAAACAUUCUACGUAGUGUAGGACGCAUACUUAAAUUAGAAAAAAGGUUGGUUGAUGGCUAAUAAGACAGUAUCAUUCAGAUCCCAGCCUAAGACUGAGACUGUCAUUGCCUGAAAGCUAAUUUAAGGUUAAGAUUAAAUUUAAAGCGUAAUUCACCUCAGAAUAGAUCUUUUUGCUGAUAAACUGUAUAAAUUGGGCCUAAGGGUGUCAAAUUAUUGUUACUGUGGAAUGUUUUACAUUAUGUUAACUUGUUUAGUUCUGCAGUAUUUGUCUAAAAAACAUCUAGGUUGCAGUACAAUUUUCCUGUUGGUACAAAUGAUACAUGCUUUUGUCCAUCCAUCCAUCCAUCCAUUUUUCAAACCACUUAAUCCCUCAUCACCCACAAUCAGGUAUAAAAGCAUUAUACAGCAAUCAGACACACGCCCAGUGUUACCAAUUUAGUGACUUUGUUGUUCUAUUUAACACCUAUUCAGAACCCUCUUUUUUUCAGAAAAGUGCCAAGAGAAAAAUCUAGGGACUUUUUUCUGUGUUUUUGGCGAUUGUAGCGAUUUCACAUGAAAGUACCAGUCGUUCUGCAGUUACUGUAUUGAGGCAGCAGCGAGGGCUGCAUGAGUCCCUCUCCACAUCCCCAAGCGUUCACAGGAAGUUGCAGCUGCCUUGUCCUGAGAGCCCCGCAUGCAGUCAGAGAAAAGACAGCAGAGGAGACCCACUCUGCUCUGUUGCAAAUGUAUAACGCAAAGCUAUUGAGGAUUGCAAAGCAGUAUAUGAAUACAAUGUAAAUUUAGUUUUUCAUCUAAUCAUUUUUCUCCUAAAACCCUGCACUAAAAUAAUUCCCUGAAUUAGAUUCCCACAGUUUCAUGCACUUAUUGACCUCAUUCAUUCUGUGAAUCAUUCUGAUGUAUGAUGAUGUGGAUUCAGGCAAUGUAUGAAUAUUCAUGAGUUAUUUCAUAAAGUUUAUUUUCAGUGAUG